ACAAAAAUAGAAAACAUAUGACUUAUUAUUUCAACCAAAUAACUAACUAUUUCAUCAAAAUUCUCUAUAACACGAUCAAGUGAGUGAUAGCACUAGCAGCAAAAAUUGCAUCUAGUGAAGCCAUGGAGAAAGUAGAAGCAUCAAGGGCAACUAUGUCAACGGUGGCUCACAAGGCACCUAUAACUAUUGAAAGGAAGGUCCCAAAUGACUUGGAUGCCAAGCUACCCAAACCUUAUAUGCCAAGAGCCCUGGUUGCCCCUGAUUCAGAUAAUGUGAAUGGAACAUGGGGACACAAGCAUAAUGACAUGUCCGUGCUUCAGCAACAUGCAUCUUUCUUCGACAUGGACGGUGAUGGUAUUAUCUACCCGUGGGAGACAUUCAAAGGAUUCGGCACACUUGGUUUCAAUGUGAUUUCUUCUUUGAUAUGUACGAUUAUUCUUCAUGUAGCUCUCAGCUAUUCAACUCUUCCUACAUGGCUACCUUCACCUACGUUACCAAUUUACAUACAAAAUAUACACAGAGCAAAACAUGGAAGUGACUCUGGGAGCUAUGACACAGAGGGAAGGUUUAUUCCGGCAAAUUUGGAACUAAUGUUCAGUAAAUAUGGUCGUGAAGUACCUGAUAAAUUAUCAAUGAGGGAGGUAUGGCACAUGACUCAAGGAAACAGUGUUGCAUAUGACUUCUUUGGCUGGGCUGCCAGCAAAUUUGAGUGGGGAAUUUUGUAUAUUUUAGCAAAAGAUGAACAAGGUUAUUUGUCAAAGGAAGCUGUGAGACGUUGUUUUGAUGGAAGUCUAUUUGAGUAUUGUGCUAAAAUGCGUAGUGGUGCAGUUGGAAAGAUGACUUGAUUACUUCUUAACAACAUAUUUUAAUUUUAAUUACCAAUAUUCAAUGUUAGGUUAAGACUUAAGACUAGUGCAUGUGUUGGUAGACUUGUUCAUAAUGUGGUGCAUUACCACUCUUCAAUGCCUUUUUCUACAUUAGAGUUGAAGCACCAUGUUUAUUCAAACUAAUUUUCAA